UUCUUCCUCUCUUUAAUCAUCUCCCUUUUCCUCUUCACAAUCCGUGAUGCCUUACCUUAAAAAACUCUCUCGGGGUUACAUGACAGAAGCGAUUAAAGAUUGAAUUUUUACCAAAAUCAGCAGCCAAAAAAAUGGGCCUCUCUGAUUGUUUCGGUGCGUUUGAUUACUGCACACACGAUACUGUAACUCAAGCACACGAAAUCCCCACAAAAACCGUGAGGCUUUUCUCUUACUAUUCCCUGCGCUCAGCAACGAGGUUGUUUCACACUUCCAACAGAAUCGGCAGAGGUGGUUUCGGAGUAGUUUAUAAAGGUGUUUUGAGAGAUAGGACUCAAGUUGCAAUCAAGGCUCUCUCUGCUGGAUCAAAGCAGGGGAUAAAGGAGUUCUUGACAGAGCUCGCGACCAUAUCUGAGAUCCGGCAUCCCAACCUCGUGCAGCUGCUCGGCUGCUGUGUCGAGGGCGAUCACCGGAUACUCGUCUACGAGUACAUGGAGAACAGCAGCCUCCACACCGCCUUGCUAGGCUCUUACAGCAAGCAAGCGGAGCUCGAUUGGUCGAAGAGGGCUGCGAUAUGUCUUGGCACGGCUAAGGGGCUCGCGUUCCUCCACAAGGACGCUGAGCCAGGCAUCGUUCAUCGUUGUUGGAUAAUAAGCAAUAGAAUGAAAAUGAACAAGAAAUGA